UGACAUAGUCGUUCCUCGUAAGCCUAUCACGUUUGAGAUUUGUGAUCUCUCGUCGUUGCUUACAACGUUGCAGAGGGAAUUGUGGAUUUGUUAAAAAAGGUGUUUGUUUUAACGUUGCUUUCGCAUAUUCAAAAUGGUUCAUUCAGUUUCAGACACGGAAGAUUUUGAAGCUCAGCUGGAUGCAGCUGGUGAAAAAUUGGUGGUGGUUGACUUUUAUGCAACCUGGUGUGGACCAUGCAAAUUGAUUUCUCCUUUUUUUCAGAUGCUUUCAGAGGAAUUCCAGGAUGUUGUCUUUUUAAAAGUAGAUGUUGACGAGGUUGAUGAUAUUGCAACCAAAUAUAAUGUUUCAAGCAUUCCAAAGUUUGUGUUUCUGAAAAACAAGACUGAGAUUGAUGAUUUAUGUGGUGCUAACCAUGAAAAGUUAAAAGAAUUAGUGGUGAAGCACAAGUAAAUGCAUCUACUGUAGCUGCAAAUGCACUUUGCUUGUUUACAACAUUACACGUUUAUCAAAGCUGAAAUAUUUAGAACAGGCUUUAUUUUAUUUUAUUUUUGGGUACUUUCUUACAUAUGUAAAGAUCCUCACUUAAAUGUAGAAUUAUCAGUACACAUAUGAGAUUAUGCUAUUGAUUGCUAUACUAGAAUCAGAUUUUGCAUUCCAAACAUUUGAAAAGUGUUGCAGUUGGAUUUGUGUUUAGUAGUACUUAAUUUUUACAAGAUAUACCAAUCAUUUCUUUUAAAACUAUUCAAAAGUCAUGUUAUAUAAGUUCCAAUUUUUUAGGUAAAUAACAGUAACAAAUAAUAGUAAAACAACAGCAGUCUUAAUUUAUCUUAAAUUUGUAUUAGUGGUGUAUCUAAAUGUUUAUAAAAAAAUAUGCAGUGAUUGUUUCUUAAAGAUGUUUUAAAAUUAUUAUUAUUAAAAAUUAAAGAAGAAUUUUAGUUUCUUACUUAAAUUUUAAAAAAAGAAAUAGAUCUUAAUGUUUUCUAAUAAAAUUUCUGUGUGAUAUUUGAGGUAUAUAUGUUGUACUGGAUUAAUUUACUUUUUUUGUUUUCUUUUAUUGUCUUGAAAAUUGUUGUCCUGUCCAUCAAAUUGAUGUUGACAAGUAUUUUAAUGAAUGCCUGCUGAGUAUGAUACAUGUUUUAUCAGGUGUGUUUAUCAUUAUAUAAUGAAAUUCAGGAAGGGUGAAAAGUAAUCUUAAUUAGGAAUAAAUUUGUGCCAUGAAAGGUCAUUCCAAGGAUCAAGAGAUAUUUAGAAAUUAUUUAAUGUUACUGAAUUGCAAAAAGAACAUGAACUGGGUUCGUAAUAUAACAAGCAAAAAUUUUCCUUUAUGAUUUAAAUUAGAUUAAUUCAGUGUCAAAUCAUAUGAAUAAAUUAUACAAAAUGUGAGAAUUAUUUUUUUAUAAUUUAGUGAACAAAUCCUUUUCUAGUAUUUCCUUUCAUGCUAAUGAAUAAUUGUGUAAAAGAAUACCAUUUUCAUGAGUAGAUCAAUGAAGUAAAUAAUGUGCUUAUUUAUUUAUAAAAAUUUUUUUGCAUAAUUUAAAGUUUUUAUUUGAAUUAACAGUCUGGUUAAAUGGAUAGUUGUGUCUGGAGGAAUUGCUUAUUAUAAAGAGAAAAUGAUUAUUAUGCGAUACUUUAUAGCAUAGAUAGCUUUCUGAGACUGGAUAGGUUUUUGUAGGUAUUCUGAAAACUUGAACUUAAAUUUCAUUAUUCUGUUUUUCAUUCUUUAGAACUAAUUUUAGUAAUUUAAAUUUGUCGUUUAAGCGAAGUCUGAAGCUGUGAAUUUUAAGCUUUUCGUAUCAUUGUUAUGCACUUCAUUUGGCUCAUUUAAAUGUGUCUUAAAAAAUAUAUGCUUAUUUUAGUUCAAACUGCUUUAUGAAAUCAGGUAUAUUUGUGCAGUGUAUAAAUCGCUGUAGUUUCUUCAGUUAAAAAAAUACAGAGGAUACAGAGGUAUGGUUUGGAAAUCUACUUAAAAUUAUCUAACAUGAGGUCACUAUGGAGUUAUGAGAAAUUAGUUAUUGCUGAAAUUUAGUCAAGCUGAAUAGUAUAAAAUAAGUAUUAUUGCAAAAAUUUUAAUUUGGAUAAUUUUUAAAUUGUGGAAAUUAUAUCAAGAAAUGGGGAAAUCAUGGUCAAAACAAUAAGCAUUUUCUCUGAGAAUAUAUUUUCUGUGGUCAACUACCUAAAUGGUACUUCUUGCAAUUUCCAGGAACAGCUAUCCUUGUUUAUUUCUUGUAAAAUUGUUUGUGUCCAUAUAAACUCACAUCACAGAAUACAACUCUCAAGAGAAUGAAAUUAGCAAUGUGUCUGUCGGCUACUGGAACAUGCUCCGAUUCUACCCUUUAAAACUUUCCUUUAAAUGCAUCUCCUUUAUACCUUAUUUGAAUACACGCGAGCUAGAAAUUUACAUUCUGGUGGGAAAGGAGAAGGACAGUAAAGCAAAUUAACAUAAAAUAACUUGUUAAUAAAUCUAAAUGUAUAUGCUACAUUAUGUAUAUUUUUAGCUGAUUUUUAUUACUUGGAAUACAGUUCUUGGUUGCUAACAAUGACUUAUGAAAAUCUACUUUUAAAUUUCAUCGCAUUUUAUUGUCUAGGUUAAAGUAUAUUUUGUGAAAGCACUCUCAUACUUAACUGUGAGUUUAAUAUGUUCAUAUUAAAGUCGGUCACAUAUUCUGGAAAGCCCACAAAGAAAAGAUCCGUCUGUUGUUUAUUAAAUACAAUACAAAGUAUUAUUAUGUAACUUUAUCAACAGAUUUUCAUUUCAAAAUUUUAUGUAAAACUUUUGUAACCAAAAACAUAAAUUCUUCCAUAAUUUUUGUUGAAUCAUGGACAUUAAUUAAUGGUGUAAUACUUGCUGAAUAAUAUUUGAUAAAAUUGAAUACUUCUGCCUGUUCCACUGGCCCUGGGUAUGGUUUAUUUAAGAAAAUGUUGCAGAUGCACCUUAAUGGUUUUUCUUUGAAUAAUUAGUAAUAUUGAAGAUAAGUGCCAUGUCAUGUAAAUAAAAACAAAUUUAGCUUUUUAUAUAGUGAGUGAUGGACAUAUUUAAGCUCAGCAUCUGCCAUGAAAUACUGAAUGACUAUUUUUUCAUUGAUAUUUGAAAUGCUAUUGAAUAGUUUUUUUAUAGUUCUAUUUUAGCAAGCACAAGUUUUUAUGUAUUGAGAUAGUGUAUAAAAUUGUAAUGCAAUGUAUAUUAAAUAUUGCGAUUGAAAUUUUAGCGCGUUUUUGUAGCAUAUUUAUUUAACGUAAAAGAAAAUAAUUCUGAGUUGUAUAUUUUUAUAAUUUUUACAUGCAUGUGUAAUGACUUCAUUUUUAUAUUUUAAACUAUAUGCAAUGGUCAUAUUAAAUGUCUUAAAGCUUUUUCAAUAUGAAAUACAUAUAUGCUUACCUAUAUCUAUUGUUUUUCCCAUUUCAUGAAAUUGUUAAACUGAUUAGUGCCUUCUUAGUUAAUAGGGUAAAGUCUGGCUCCAAUUAGAGAGAAAAUGGCUUGUGUUAUGAUUCAGUAUUUGUAUGGAAUAUUUUCAUAGAAAAUGCAUUCUGUUUCUAUAUAUAUAUAUUUGUGCUUGUUUUAAUUUUAUUAAAGCAGUUGCAUUCUUAUGUUAAAUUUUCUCAAAGUGUGUUAUGAUUGUUAAAUGAAUUCAUAUAACUGAAUAAAACAUUAUCAUGUUCUAAAUGAGCCUAA